UAAAGAUAUAUUUUAAAAAAACACAAAACAGGGAGCUGAAGGCCUGUGCUUCUCCCAGCUCAGCCUCCCACGCGCCUUUCUCCUCCCAGCUCGGCCCUCGGUAAAGCCCUCAGAUGAGGAGCCAGGCGGCGGCGGCGACGGGCGUUGAACUUCUUGAAGCCGUGUCCCGGGAGGUGGUGACCUUCACUGAUGUGGCCGUGGGCUUCUCCCGAGAGGAGUGGGCAUGGCUGAAUCUUGCCCAGAGGGCUUUGUACAGGAAGGUGAUGUUGGAGAACUACAGGAGCCUGGUGUCAGUGGGUCUUUGCGUUUCUAAGCCAGACGUGAUCUCCUUGUUGGAGCAAGGCAAAGAGCCCUGGGUGACGAAUGGAGAGACGACAGGAGGCCUGGGCCCAGACUUGGAGUAUGUGUGGAUGACCAAAGAAUUAUCUCUAAAGCAGGACAUUUAUGAAGAAAAAUUAUCCCAGGUAAUGAUAAUGGAAAGACUUACAAGCUGUGAUAAACUUGAAUGUUCCACAUUAGGGAAAAAGUGGAAAGGUGAAGACCUGUUUGAGAGGGAGCUGGUAAGUCAGAAGCCACAUUUUAGGCAAGAGACAGUCAGUCCUCUAGAUGCACUUAUUGAAAAAAAUGACCACUCUGACAAAUCUGGGACAGUUUUUCAUCUGAAUACAUUAUCUUAUAUAAAACACAUAUUUCCCAUUGAAGAGAGAAUAUACAAUUUUGGCACAGAUAAGGAAAGCUUAAAAACAUAUUCAUUUGUGAAAAAAUACAAGCAAAUCUAUGGAGAAAAGAAACUUCUGAAAUGUAAAGACUGUGAGAAAACUUUCAGCAAAUUCUCAACCCUUACUCUUCAUCAAAGAAUUCAUACUGGAGAGAAACCCUACGAAUGUGCCGAGUGUGGAAAAGCCUUCAGCCAGAGUGCCCACCUAGCUCAGCAUCAGAGAAUACACACGGGAGAAAAACCCUUUGAAUGUACUGAGUGUGGGAAAGCCUUCAGCCAGAAUGCUCACCUCGUUCAACACCAGAGAGUUCACACUGGAGAGAAACCGUAUCAGUGUAAGCAGUGCACUAAAGCCUUCAGCCAGCUUGCACACCUCGCGCAGCAUCAGAGGGUCCAUACUGGAGAGAAACCCUAUGAAUGCAUUGAGUGUGGGAAGGCCUUUAGCGAUUGUUCAUCCCUGGCCCAUCACCGAAGAAUUCACACUGGAAAAAGACCCUAUGAAUGUGUCGACUGUGGGAAAGCCUUCAGGCAGAAUGCUUCUCUUAUACGUCAUCGGCGAUAUUAUCACACGGGAGAGAAACCCUUUGACUGUAUCGAUUGUGGGAAGGCUUUCACAGAUCACAUAGGACUUAUUCAGCAUAAGAGAAUUCAUACUGGAGAGAGACCUUACAAAUGUAACGUGUGUGGGAAGGCGUUCAGCCAUGGCUCAUCCCUGACUGUCCAUCAGAGGAUUCACACAGGCGAGAAGCCUUAUGGAUGUGCGCUCUGUGAGAAGGCCUUCAGCCAUCGCGGCUCGCUUACUCUUCAUCAGAGAGUUCACACCGGAGAGAAACCUUAUGAGUGUAAGGAAUGUGGGAAAGCCUUUAGACAGAGCACACACCUCUCUCAUCAUCAGAGAGUCCACACUGGCGAGAAACCUUACGAAUGUAAGGAGUGCAACGAAGCCUUCAGCCAGAACGCACACCUUGCACAGCAUCGGAAAAUACACACUGGAGAGAAACCUCAUGAAUGCAAGGAGUGCGGGAAAGCCUUCAGCCAAGUCGCACACCUUGUCCAACACCAGAGGGUCCACACUGGCGAGAAGCCUUAUGAAUGUACUGCCUGUGGGAAGGCCUUCAGCGACGGCUCCUAUCUCGUCCAACAUCAGAGACUCCACACUGGAAAAAGACCAUACGAGUGCCUCGAAUGUGGAAAGGCAUUCAGACAGAAGGCGUCCCUGAGUUGUCACCAAAGGUGCCAUACCGGUGAGAAACCUUAUGAAUGUAAUGUAUGUGGAAAGGCCUUUAGCCACCGUAAAUCCCUUACUCUGCAUCAAAGAAUUCAUACAGGAGAGAAACCUUACGAGUGUCAGGAAUGUAGCAAAGCCUUCAGCCAGGUUGCCCAUCUUACGCUACACAGGAGAAUCCACACUGGAGAAAGGCCCUAUGGAUGUAAAGAAUGCGGAAAAGCCUUCAGGCAGAGUGUACAUCUCGCUCAUCAUCAGCGAAUUCAUACUGGAGAGCCAUCUUCAAAGCCCCACGCGUGCGGGGAGUGCGGCAAGGCUUUCGGCCGGAGCUCUUCGCUCAGGAAGCACCAGCGGACCCACAGCGGGGAGAAGCCCUUCUCGUGCGCCGCGUGCGGGAAGCAGUUCAUCGAGCGCUCGUCGCUCACCAUCCACCAGCGCGUGCACACCGGGGAGAAGCCGUACCGCUGCGGGGACUGCGGCAAGGCCUUCAGCCAGCGCAUGAACCUGGCCGCGCACCAGCGCACGCACACCGGGGAGAAGCCGUUCGCGUGCGCCGUGUGCGGGAAGGCCUUCCGCAAGACCUCGUCCCUGGCCCAGCACGAGCGCAUCCACACGGGCGAGAAGCCGUACGCGUGCGGGGACUGCGGCAAGGCCUUCAGCCAGAACAUGCACCUGGUGGUGCACCAGCGCACGCACACCGGGGAGAAGCCGUACGCGUGCGCCGUGUGCGGGCGCGCCUUCAGCCAGAACAUGCACCUGACCGAGCACCGGCGGACGCACACGGGCGAGAAGCCGUUCGCGUGCGGGGACUGCGGCAAGGCCUUCAACAAGAGCUCGUCGCUCACGCUGCACCGCAGGAACCACACGGGCGAGCGGCCCUACGCGUGCGGCCAGUGCGGCAAGGCCUUCAGCCAGAGCGCCUACCUCAUCCAGCACCAGCGCUUCCACAUCGGCGUGAAGCCCUUCGAGUGCAGCGCGUGCGGCAAGGCCUUCAGCAAGAACUCCUCGCUCACGCAGCACCGGCGCAUGCACACCGGCGAGAAGCCCUACGAGUGCCCCGUGUGCCAGAAGCACUUCGCGGGCCGCUCGUCCCUGCUCGCGCACCAGACGGGCCACAGCGGCGAGAGGCCGUUCGCGUGCGCGCAGUGCGGCAAGGCCUUCAGCCAGAGCGCCUACCUCAUCGAGCACCAGCGCAUCCACACCGGCGAGAAGCCCUACCGGUGCGGCCAGUGCGGCAAGGCCUUCAUCAAGAACUCCUCGCUCACCGUGCACCGGAGGACCCACACGGGGGAGAAGCCCUACGAGUGCGGCGAGUGCGGGAAGGCCUUCAGCCGGAACACCAACCUCACGCGGCACCUGAGGGUCCACACGUAG